GCGCUGCCAUGUGACUACAUAUAUUUGCUUUUGUAUAAAGCUAUUUCUUUCACUCGGCCAUUUGGUCAGUGGUGCCUGGCCAUUCAUUCUUCGACUUGGUUCGUAUCGAUCCUGUUCUCACCUUUGCGCGAUAGCCUUUGCUGUUCAGCGAUCGUUGGUGAAGGCUGCAGCAUAUGCUGCCGAACAGGCACGGGAAAUUUGCUGGAUUAUUGCAGAACAGGGGGAAGAAGAGCAACGGCAGUCAUCCCGCGCGUUACCUGGGAAAGAGGCUGGAGGCGGCGGCGAGAAAUUCCUGCAAUAGCUCGGUAAAGGGCUUCGUCUUCGUCUCAUCCCGAAGUGGAUAACGGAUACCACGGUAGACCAAGAUGAAGAAGAUACUAUCCCACCACAGGCGACUCCAGCCAGUCGCCUCUCAGUUCACGAGAUGCGUCCAAGCCCAGGCGGUUCCCGAAGCGCAGCCCCCAGUGAAGCCAGCGCUGAAGUCAUGGCGGGACUUACCAUGUCCACCUGGUUGGCCGAUCAUGAGGAACCUCAACUUGUACUUUAGUGAGGAGGCGAAGAAUGGCCAGCUGCACAUGAUAUACAAAACCCUCAGUGAAACUCAUGGCAAGAUGUUCAGGAUGGAUAUCAUUGGACAGUCGAAUCAGAUCAUCGUGACCGACCCGAACAUGGUGGAGGUGCUGAUGCGACAGGAGGAGAAGUUCCCCCGUCGGACCUAUGUCGAUGCCUGGACAGAUUAUCGCGAUUCCAAUGGCUUGAGUCGCGGUUUGCUUACAAGUGACGACGACACCUGGUGGCGGUACAGGAAAGCAAUCAGCAAGAAAAUGAUGCGGCCUAAGAAUGUGAACGAAUAUGGGGAACAGUUGAAUGAAGUUAUGGAAGAUCUGGUCGUACACAUCAAACGGAUGAAAAAGGCUGGGGACGGGGUUUUCGUGCCCAAUCUUGCCAAUGAGUUCUACAGGUGGGGAAUGGAGGCUGCUUGUGUUGUUUUAUUCGAGAAGCGUUUCGGAUGUCUAAAUCCCACAGUGAAUCCUCAAUCAAAGAGGUUUAUCGACAGUAUAGAGGCCAUGUGGCUAUCUUCCAUGCCUCUUUACUCAAUGUACGGACUGCAAAAGAUGCUCAGGACCAAGUCGUAUCGACAGCACCAAGACGCCUGGACAGGCAUAUUCGAUGUUGCGAAAGCCACGAUUCGUGACAAAAUGAUUGAAAUAGAGCAGUCGCAGAGUCAGAAUGAUGAGGAGGAGGUAAAUGGAGGACUGCUGUCUUAUCUGUUGGCGCGGAAGGAACUCUCCUUUGAUAAUAUAGUUGGUAAUGUUACGGAGCUCUUGUUGGCUGGAGUGGAUACGACGUCCAACUCGCUUUGUUUCGCUGUGCACCUUCUCACCAAAAAUCCUCAGGCAAAAGACAAGCUGUACGAUGAAAUUCGGCGAGUGGUAGGUGAGCGGUCGGCCACCACGGAUGACCUCCGGGACAUGCCUUAUCUGCGGGCAGUCGUCAAAGAAUCAUUAAGAGUUUUCCCAGUGGCAGCGCUCAAUUCCCGGAUGAUUCAGUCACCAGUGACUCUUGGCGAAUAUCGUGUCGAUGUUGGGACCAUGAUUGUGUUCAACAUCUUUGGGAUGUGUCACGACCCCGACACCUACAACGAUCCGGAGAGUUUCAUCCCGGAGCGCUGGCUCCGCGGAACUGGAGAGAACAUCAAUCCGUUCGCGGCGCUACCGUUUGGCCACGGGGUCAGGAGUUGUAUCGGCAGGAGAUUUGCGGAGCUAGAACUCUAUCUGGCUCUCAUUAAGCUCUUACAACAUUUCGAUCUCAAACCUCACGGAGACAUGAAUCAGCUGACGCCGUUUUAUCGAACAGUCCUCUCGCCAGGCAAGAUUGUGCCCGUGCAGUUUCACGACAGAAUGUAAUCUGUGCCUAAUUGGAAAACGAAGGAGAUGUCGUUGUACUAACGAGACUGCACAUGUUAUCCUGAGUCCAGCCCUGAACUAACGUAAUGGGCAGAGACCUGUAUUCAUCCACGACCGGAAGUGUGGCACAGUCACAUAGAGCUUAUCAAAAUGUCAAGUUGUGGUAAAUACAUGGCUGGGAUGGACCAAAGUGGAAUUAAUUCUCAAUCUGUGGUUGAUUCUUAAUCUACAGAGUCAGGCCAUCACAGAAAUAUGCUUUUUGAUAAUAUAUUUAAGAAAAUGUGGUCUCACUGGUCAGUUUAGAACUUGACAGGGCCAUAUCAAUGCGCCAGUGACGUUUUGAUGGAUAUGGUGUACGGAAAUAUUUUUUUCUCAGGCAAUCGGUAUUGGAAUUUUUUAAAACUUUAUUAUGCUAUUGGCAAAGGGUUCUUCUUGACACGUAUAAAAUUUUGUGCAGAUUGAUUGGUCCAAUGAGUACUUUUUUCACCAAAACCUAUGCACAACAAUGUACACGUAAUGUACACAUGUUUUAAUAGAGGACUCUGGCCUAAUACUAACCCGCUAUUCAGUUCACUCAUUCACUGACUUGAAAACGAUUCGUGAAGCAAUAUAGCAACGUUGUGGAAAUAUUAACUUAAACUUUAAUACACUUAACCGAAUGGUUGUAGGCCUUUUGGUAAAAAGGCAGUGGCAGACGAGCCAUAGCGUUACUCGAGGUACACAAUACAAAAGACUCCGAUGAAUAGUCGUCAAGCACUAACGGAGUAAAUAAGGGCAUUAUCACAAAGCUGCCGGCAGCCUAUUCAACUUUCUCAUUGCAGUAACAGUUUCUGUCGCUAAAUGCGACAUAAAAUAUAAUAAACAACAAAACAACGAAA